UGUACACCUUCGGGUCCACAAUAGAGAAAAGCCUUACUGUUGUGAUGAGUGUAAACGGAAAUUUACACGAAAGUCAAUCUUAAUAGCACACCUUCGGACCCAUACAGGAGAAAAGCCUUAUACUUGUGACAUGUGUAGUCAGAAAUUUACACAAAAUUCAAGCUUAAUUAAACACCUUCGGACCCAUACUGGAGAAAAGCCUUACAGUUGUGACGAGUGUAAACUGAAGUUUUCAACAAAAUCAAACUUAAUUGCACACCUACGGGUCCACACUGGAGAAAAGCCUUACAGUUGUGACGAGUGUAAACAGAAGUUUUCAAUGAAAUCAAACUUAAUUAAACACCUUCAAAUCCAUACUGGAGAAAAGCCUUACAGUUGUGACGAAUGUAAACGGAAGUUCACACAAAAGUCAAGCUUAAUUGCACACCUACGGGUCCACACUGGAGAAAAGCCUUACAGUUGUGAUGAGUGUAAACAGAAGUUUUCAAUAAAAUCAAACUUAACUGAACACCUACGGGUCCAUAGUGGAGAAAAGCCUUAUACUUGUGACGAAUGUAAACAGAAAUUUACACAAAAGGCAAGCUUAAUUGCACACCUUCGGAUACAUACUGGAGAAAAGCCAUAUAGUUGUGACGAGUGUAAACAGAAGUUUACACAAAAGACAACGUUAAUUAAACAUCUUUGGAUCCACAACAGACGAAAGUAACAUGAAUGUUAAUUAUGUCCAGCGAAAUUCAUUCGAAACGAUGAUCUAAAUGCACAUUAGAAUAUUUACACUUGGAAAUUUUGAAGAAAUAUUAUUUUUAAUUCAUAUUGAUGUAUAAUGACCGAAAGAUGUAAGGAAAACUGGUUUUAAAUUAAAAUGAUGUUUUUCUAAUUUCCAAAAAGUUUCAAUUAAAAGAAAUCACAAUAUUCAUA